CGCUUUCACUCAAACUCAGCUGUCUGCCUGAACCACGACACACCACUUUCACGCCCAUUUGACCGGAUACAUAUACAAUUCUUCCAGAAGCACUCUAACAGAACACGACCUCCACGCGAACACUUCCACGUCCGACGUCAACGAGCGGAACGCAACCGCACAGUUUUCACAACACUACGUCAACACAACAACACGGUGAGGGAAACUUGUCUAUCUAGGUCAAGAUGCAGAUUAAAGUGCGCACCCUCACGGGCAAGGAGAUCGAACUGGACAUCGAGCCUGACUACAAAGUCUCUCGGAUAAAGGAGCGCGUGGAAGAGAAAGAAGGCAUUCCGCCCGCACAACAACGACUUAUCUUCGGUGGCAAGCAAAUGAACGACGAUAAAGCCGCCUCAGACUACAACCUCGAAGGCGGUGCAACUCUACACUUGGUACUUGCCCUACGAGGCGGCUCAAACUGAAUCCCUAUCCUCUUCCCACCCCACUGUCACAUUUAGGCUAAACUUGCAGACUAACUCUCUGCGAGUUUGGCCCUAACGACGAGAUUUUCGAGAUUGCGCCUCCGGCUUAAUGGUGUAGAUUCGAAUGCGUACGUACGAAGCGGAGAGGUGGCUGCGGAUGGGAUGGUAUGGAGUGCAUUGUGGUGCAAGUUUUUUCGGCUUUAACAGACAUCAGUGAAGCUUCGAUUUCAAUAGAAAUGAAUGGCAUAGUGGAGUUCAGUCGCUGUGUUGCUGUUGCAC